CUGCUGCAUUUCCUACAGCAUCGAGGCGUCAUCAUCCGCAUCUACCCAGGAAAGGAGGGAUCAGCGGCCGCAGCCCGGGCUUCAAUGUGAGCGGAGGGAAAUCGCCGGCGGAUCUCCUCGGAAAAGGGGGGAAGGGGCUGUAUUCGGGGGGCGCUGCAUUGGCCGCCCCUGCCCCCCUCGCUGCUGCAGUCUCAGGCCGUGUCCUCCGUGAGCCAUGAAUUCAGCAGAGCAGACCGUUACAUGGCUGAUAACCCUCGGGGUGCUGGAGUCCCCCAAGAAGACCAUCUCCGACCCGGAGGGCUUCCUGCAGGCCUCCCUGAAGGACGGGGUGGUGCUGUGCAGGCUGCUGGAGCGGCUGCUGCCGGGCACCAUAGACAAGGUGUACCCGGAGCCGCGCACCGAGGCCGAGUGCCUGGGCAACAUCAGGGAGUUCCUGAAGGGCUGCAGCCACUUCAAUCUGGAGACAUUCGAGGCCAAUGACCUGUAUCAAGGGCAGAACUUCAACAAGGUGCUGAAUUCCUUAGUCCUUCUUAAUAAAGUCACAGCAGAUAUUGGCUUGGGAAGCGACUCUGUGUGUGUCCGUCCAUCUUCACACCGGAUUAAGUCUUUUGAUUCCCUUGGGUCCCAGUCUGUACUCAGCCGCUCCUCAAAAUUAUUGCAGGGUCAAUAUCGAAGCCUGGACAUGACCGAUAACAGCAACCAUCACAUUGUGGUGAGGGCAAAGUUUAAUUUUCAGCAAACCAAUGAAGAUGAACUGUCUUUCUGUAAGGGUGAUAUAAUCCAUGUUACACGGCUGGAAGACGGCGGCUGGUGGGAAGGGACACAUAGUGGCAAGACGGGAUGGUUCCCGAGCAACUAUGUCCGAGAAAUCAAGUCUUCUGAAAAACCAGUAUCUCCCAAGUCUACAACACUGAAAAGCCCCCCGAAAGGGUUUGAGACUUCUGCAAUCAACAAAAGCUACUACAAUGUGGUGCUACAAAAUAUUUUAGAAACAGAAAAUGAAUACUUCAAGGAGAUCCAGAAUUUAUUAUCCAAUUACCUUCGUCAUUUACAAUCAAGCGAAAAGCUGAGCCCCACUAGCGUUUCUUAUUUAAUGGGGAACCUGGAGGAGAUCUGUGCUUUUCAACAGCUGUUGGUUCAGUCAUUGGAGGAUUGUACAAAAUUGCCAGAAGGACAACAAAGAGUUGGAGGUUGUUUCAUGAGCCUAAUGAAUCAAAUGAAGAGUUUAUAUAUGGCGUAUUGUGCGAACCAUCCUUCAGCGGUCAAUGUCCUUACCCAGCACAGUGAAGAGCUUGGAGAAUUCAUGGAAAUGAAAGGUGCCAACAGCCCUGGCAUUCUUGUGCUAACAACAGGCCUAAGUAAACCAUUCAUGCGUCUGGACAAGUACCCAACACUGCUAAAAGAGCUGGAACGACACAUGGAGGACUAUCAUCCAGAUAGGCCAGAUAUCCAGAAGUCCAUGACUGCUUUCAAGAACCUUUCGGCUCAAUGUCAAGAAGUGAGAAAACGAAAGGAAUUGGAAUUGCAGAUUCUAAAUGAGGCCAUCCGUGGCUGGGAAGGCGACGACAUUAAGACACUGGGUUCAGUUAUAUAUAUGUCCCAAGUAAUGAUACAGUGUGCGGGAAGUGAGGAAAAGAAUGAGAGAUAUCUGCUGCUCUUUCCCAAUGCAUUAUUAAUGCUUUCUGCCAGUCCAAGGAUGAGUGGCUUUAUUUAUCAGGGGAAACUUCCGCUUACUGGAACUUGCAUUACAAAGCUAGAAGACAAUGAAAAUCACAAGAAUGCCUAUGAAAUUUCGGGUAACAUGAUUGAACGGAUAACUGUGUCAUGUAAUAACCAACAAGAUCUACGUGAAUGGGUCGACCAUCUCCAUAAACAGACCAAGUUCACCUCUAUGACCACCCCUACAAUAAAGCCUCACUCUGUGCCCUGUCACACUCUUCCUUCACACCCGGUGACGCCUUCAAGCAAGCAUUCGGACUGCAAGCCAGCACCUCACACACCUGCAUAUCACACACUACCGCACCUUUCACACCACGGGGCACCACACAGCAUCAAUUGGAGCCCAUUAGAGCCACCUAAAACGUCAAAGCCAUGGAGCUUGAGUUGCUUGCGUCCUGCUCCUCCUCUUCGACCUUCUGCAGCACUGUGUUACAAAGAGGAUCUUAGUAAGAGCCCCAAAACUAUGAAAAAAUUACUUCCCAAGCGCAAGCCAGAAAGAAAACCAUCAGAUGAAGAGUUUGCACUGAGAAAAAGCACAGCAGCACUAGAAGAAGAUGCACAGAUUUUAAAAGUUAUUGAGGCCUACUGUACAAGUGCCAAAACGCGUCAAACAUUAAAUUCCACAUGGCAAGGCACUGACCUGAUGCAUAAUCACGUCUUGGCUGAUGAUGACCAAUCAAGUCUAGACUCCUUGGGUCGUCGCAGUAGUCUUUCACGUUUGGAGCCUUCAGACCUCUCCGAAGACUCUGACUAUGACAGUAUAUGGACAGCCCAUAGUUACAGAAUGGGGUCUACUUCUCGUUCACGCAAAGAAUCUGCUCCUCAGGUUUUACUUCCCGAAGAGGAGAAAAUUAUUGUAGAAGAAACCAGAAGCAAUGGCCAGACUGUUAUAGAGGAAAAGAGUCUUGUUGAUACGGUUUAUGCAUUGAAAGAUGAGGUCCAAGAGCUAAAGCAGGAUAGUAAAAAGAUGAAGAAAUCUUUAGAAGAAGAACAAAGAGCACGUAAGGAACUUGAGAAGCUCAUUAGGAAAGUCCUCAAGAACAUGAAUGAUCCUUCUUGGGAUGAAACCAAUUUAUAACAGUGCGUCCAGAGUCUUCCUUAUUCUGCUCAAGGGAUCAAACACUUGGACCUUGUGUUUUGUUUGUGUCUUUGUGAAAACCGAAGCACUGCUAGAUGAGAUUUAACUGGAUUGUAAUGAGACUCUCAGUUGUACUGUAUUGAAUCCAUACGUUGCUGCCUGCCUGCAGACACAUCUUUCAGCAGUUGCAAAUGUGAAGUUUAGAGAUCUGAACAAUACCAAUUGGAUGCCCUUCUGACUUCACAUGUUAAUUACCUCAUUUUGCAGAAGGAGCAGUUGCUAAGAGUCUGAUUACUUUUUUUUUUUUUUUUUUUUUAACCAGGAUUUUUUUCCAGCUGGUAUAUAGAUAUGUAUAUAGCGUUUUGAAUGCAUAUGUGAAGGGCACUAAAACCUCUUUAUACUUUUUUUUUUUUUUUUUUUUUUCUGGAUCUAAAUACUGGUCACUUGUACAUAUUUUAAAACUGCCUACCUACGCAUUGAGGGGAGAGAAAAAAAUUACUGGCUGUGUGCCAUUUACAUGCUUGAGAGAGUCGGCCAUGUGUUAAAAUAAUUUAAUUGCGUUAUUUAUGUUCAUUUGAGCAAACUAGAGUGUUUUAUAUCGGCCUAAACCAAGCAAGAGAAACAAAAACCUUUUCAAUGUUAAACUAUUCACUAACAGUUUGCCACCUGUGUUUAUACAGAUAUAUAUAUAUUUAUUAUAUUGUUUCUCUUCUAACGUGACAUGGGGGGCAUUUAAAGAUGUAUAUAUCUACAUGCAUUUUUUUUCUUUCAAUUUUUACUGUUUAACUUUCUAUAUAUACAUAUAAAAUCUUUCUUUACUGAUGACUUUAUGGAAAAGCGUAUGCAUUUUACCUUUUUUCACUGCAACCAAUUAAAUAUUGGAUAUGAACUGA